AUGCCCAAAAAGCUCCCAACUUUUUCAGUGUUUUAUGCUUUGCCAAAUUUCUACGCCUUCCAUCAGUUCUGGUUCAAGAAAAUGUUACAGUUACACUCCUUAGUCUCCUCUUCAAUUCAAUCGUCUUCCCACACAUCACUUGCCAAUGAGACUUGGCCCACUUUGCGCCGUCAAUUCCUUUUUCCGGCAUUCCCACGGCGGCAUCUCCGGCUGCCGUGUCAAAGGUCGAGCUUCACUCCAGCCAGAAGCUGCAAUGCUGUUGCAUUUGAUUUCAAGGGCGGCAAAGGAAUGGAUGAAUUCCACGAAGUUGAACUUAAAGUCCGGGACUAUGAAUUGGAUCAAUAUGGUGUUGUAAAUAAUGCUGUCUAUGCAAGUUAUUGCCAACAUGGUCGUCAUGAACUUCUGGAAAGAAUUGGUGUAAAUGCUGAUGCAAUUGCCCGUACUGGUAAUGCAUUAGCGCUGUCAGAAUUGUCGCUAAAAUUUCUUGCACCUUUAAGGAGCGGAGAUAGGUUUCUCGUGAAGGUGAGGGUGUCCGACUCUUCUGCUGCUCGGUUAUUCUUUGAACACUUGAUCGUCAAGCUACCUAACCAAGAGCCGAUUUUGGAGGCAAGAGGCACGGCAGUCUGGCUUGAUAAAAACUAUCGUCCAGUUCGUAUCCCUUCAGAGGUGAGAUCUAAAUUUGUCCAGUUCCUGCGGCAUGGUGAUGCCAAGUGA